AUGUCGGAAGUCUCUUCGAGUCCCACGGACGGUCUCUUAGCGUCUUCUCACGGUCUUUCCGACCUCCUCAACAACGCGCAACAUCAUCUACAGCAUCUGACAAUCUCAUGUGACCAAAUUUCGACUCCAAGCGCCUCUUUCAGCGCUCAAACGGACCCAAAAACGAACCUCAGAGCUCUCCAGCUACAGGUCGCACACCUUCAGACGCAAUUAUUGGCGUCUGUAACGCGUCGUGAGGACAAAGACGUGACGUUUCGACAAGCUGCACAAUAUGCAACAGCUAAAGGCUCAGCCAAUGGGGUUUUACACGCGUUAUUUGAUCAAGCGAGUGCUGGGAAGACGGCGAUUCUCAAGACUUUUGUAGACACGGGGUCGAUACCUACACGAGAUGGAUUACGACACUGGAAACUUGAUCUUUGUACCAUUCGUAAUGAAAUGGGAGCGACGCUGCUUCAUGUGGCAGUCGGAGUAUCGACGGCAAGGCAGAAGGUGAAGGUGAAGCUCGUGCAUUUACUCGUGGACAGUGUGGGAUUUGAUCCAAACGUUCGCAAUGUGUUUGGACAAACGCCGUUACAUGUUGCAGCAAUGGGAGGAUACGCAGAGGUAGUUCAAGCGUUAUUGGAUCGAGGUGGAAACCCCAUAGCUCAAGACAGAUCAGGUCUUACGGCCUUGUCGCUCGUUCGGACGCUGUCGAGACCACCGGAGGAGGUUGUUCAGAUAUUGGUGGAUGCUGAAAGCGCGGCAAUGCGGAGUAGUAGCUCCAGAUCGGAAUCGAUCCCGCUGUCUAAAGCACUUGCGUCAGCUCUAUUUCUUAGAGGGUUGUCUCAGUUCACUUUGCCACACCACUCAAGUGCAUUUUGUCAGCAGACUGCGACACUCGUAAAUGUUUUGCUAGAAGGUAGACAAGAAGGCAACGUGACUUUCGAUAAGCUUCUCCGAGAGUACGUCCCAAUGCUUUUCGAUGUCGUGCCUACUUGUCAAGUUGUUCGUCUCGACACAAUUUUUGCAAACAGUCUUUACUCGGAUUCAGACUUUAUUGAUGAGUUGAGACUCGAGGCAGAUAGUUAUGAGCUGUCACUCGUGCUACCAACUUUAACUUCUGCCGCGCUUGCUGGUCCGACGUGGAUGGGUGUGCUGUUGAAGCUAGUCCAACGUUUCAAAGUGGAGAUGGCCGAACCUGCUUUAACCGAUUUUCAGGUGACCAACGCUUCGGUAGGCCCAACAGUUCCAUGCGUGCCAAACGACAAAGAUGUGGUAAUGAAGGUAGCUAGUGACAACGAGAUGAUAGCUUCGCCGCUACGCAGAUUGUCGAUGUCGUCUUCGUCCACGUCACGUUCGGUAGAUGCUCGCUCCACAUUGUACUACGCUGAUCAGGCUACAAGUAUUGCUAAGACUCGUGAAGUUUGGUACUACGCAGUGUUGUUCAAGGCCUCAACGUACUCUUUUCCAGGAACACUAUCGGUAACACCCGAAAGCGACGUUGCAGUCUCAUCAGAGGAUGUGUCCAAGUAUUUUCCGCUCGAGGACCAUCUUUUGAUCGGCUCGGCAGAAUAUUUUGCGACCGAAUACGACCCGCAGACACGUGAAAUCCGGUUGGAUCGUAACUACGAUGGAAAAGAAGCUGCCACCGUGAAGGCAUAUCUCACAGGAGCGUGUUCAUCUCAGUUACCUCCCUAUAUUGCACUCAAAAGGAUAUGGGAGCGCCAGCCAGGUAACAAGUACGAAGACCAAAUGAGCAGCGAACAGGAGCUCUUUCAAGACUACCAGUUGUUGGAUCCAGAAAAUGAGUACGAGGUAGCAAUGAAACUUGGGCCCAUACCGAGUGUAAAGGAUGCGAAAGACUUUGUUGCUGAGUGGAAGCGGGCUGCUAAGCAGAUUUACGAUGCUCGAGAAUGCAAGUCUGAUUUGGCGUGCUGUAAGCAUUAUUGUCCACAGCGUUAUGGCCAUUCCUUGUGCUUGGGAACUGUAGCUGUAAUUGGACAAGGUCUGGCCAAACGCCGUCUCGGACGCCCAACUUUUGCCAAGCCUCUAAAACCUCGUGCUUCCCUUCAGCGCCUUCGGAAUCGUUUUAAAGGGACGGAAGAGUGGCCAGGGUCAGUGACAAAGGUUACACCAAUGAAGUUGACAAGUCCACCGUAA